GUCCGAGCCAGAGACCCGUUUGCCUCAGGAAGCCGAGCUCAUCUGGAUCGACCAUGGCCUGGGCCCCUCUGCUCCUCGCACUGCUCACUUACUGCUCCGGGGUCAGUUCGCAGCCCGUGGUGACUCAGGAGCCCUCGAUGUCGGUGGCCCCAGGAGGGGCUGUCACUCUGUCCUGCAGCCUGAGCACUGGAGCCGUCACCACCAGCAACUAUCCCUCCUGGUUCCAGCAGAAACCUGGCUCUGCUCCGAAGCUACUUAUGUACCAGACUAACAACAGACCCUCCGGGAUCCCUGCCCGGUUCUCGGGGUCCAUCUCCGGGAACAACGCUGCCCUGACCAUCACCGCUGUCCAGGCAGAGGAUGAGGCUGACUAUUACUGUGCUGUGUAUACAGGUAGCAGUAGUAGCUGGACUCACAGUGAUCUAGGCAGAUGGGGAACUGAGACAAAAUCCUCCCUUGUCUUUCCCCAUCAGCUCCUCCAGCCUGGGCCCUGCACUGGCUGCACAAUUUGGUUUCUACCUGCAGGACACGAGACCCUGAUGGCUCCUUCUGAGGAAUUUCAGCCUCUAGCUGUCAGCAGGGGGUGCUGCUCCGCUCACUCCCCAGUCACUCUGUCUGGGGGAGAUGGCAGCUGCUCGGUCUCUACAAGGAGCAGCUUUUCCAGCUUUCUAGAUCCCUGGGUAACAGACCCACCACUGCCUGGUUCCCACGGGGAGCAGUCAGCCACAAGCUCCUUGGGUAAAGAGACACGUCUCCCCGAACAUAGUUCCCCCGUGUUAUCCCACGAGCUGGACAACACCCAAAAUGGCCUGGAAGUUAGAGGAAACAUAGGAAAGACCUCUCAGAUCCCUUCGUCCAUUCCAGUUGCCAAGGCUGGAUGAAGUGUCCAGACACAGGGUGUAUCAGAUAAUAGAUGAUAUCAAAAUUUCUCCUCCCUAGAACCUCCUCCCUGGCCCCAUCCCAGCUGCUUGGCAGCUUCCUCGGUCCCCUCCAGAAGUUCAUUAGUGCCUCCAUGGGCCUGCUCCUCCCGGCCCCUGCAGUCCAGCAAGCCACAGGCCCGUGGCCAUGUCUACUUCCCCGUGGGCCAGUCUCGGUGCUCAGGUACCGCAGGGAUGGGUGCGGCAUAAGAACCUCAGUAGAAAAGUUCAUCUGCUGGCUGCGGAGUCAGUGUCCUGCUGCGGGAAAGGCCAGGGCUGUCCUAGCCAAAGCAGGAGUGUUGGUGGCUGCUCAGCGGACUCAUCCCCCUGGGUUUUGUUCUCCCAGCCGGCAGCCUGCAGCACUGAAUUCAGAACAAACCCCAACCGUCCCGGGACCUUCCACCCCUAACUGUUAACAAAUUAAGGUUCUCUCUCUUCCCUAGCCGAGGGAGGCUACAAUCAAUGUCCCACCACUGGUGAGGGGCUGGGGAAACAAGGAAUCCACACCCGCGGCAACUUAUAGAAAAAAUGCCAGGCUGGCUUGAUAGAGACCUGAUACAAACCUGAGCAAAUCAGCAACUGGACUAGUCCCUUUCGAGAUUGUCCCUGUCAGUUAUUGUGUUUGGGGUCUCUCAGCCUACAUCAUCUUAGGUAGAGUCCAGGAGGUGAGUUGGGGGGACACAAUAACACGCAGCCCCAGUCACAAAUGGCAAACUGGGCUGUGUGUAGCUGGGACCUGGAAUGAAUCUCUCCUUAAACCCCAGAGAUUGAAGAGAAAUCAAUGGGAUGUGAGAAGCAGCUAGUUUUCCCCAGUCGAUGUCGUGCAGGUGUAACUCUGGGCACCAGAGCCUGGAGAGAACAAAAUGUGAUUUGAGAUGCACCUGGAUUUUCCCCAACUACUGUUCGGCAGAGGGGUGACAUGAUUCAGUUCUGACUGGGCACCGGGAGGCGCUGUCUCCCUGCA